GGAACCCUGCCGGGAGCCUAUUGGGAAAAAGACUUUACAGAGGUAAAGCCUGGGAAAUAUGGCUAUAAGUACUUACUGGUGUUUAUAGAUACCUUUUCAGGAUGGACUGAGGCUUUUCCAACCAAGCAUGAGACUGCACAGGUGGUGGCAAAGAAACUACUCGAAGAUAUUCUGCCCAGGUAUGGCUUUCCUGGUCUGGCUUCCAUACUUGGGGUUAAUUGGAAAUUACAUUGUGCAUAUAGACCCCAGAGUUCAGGACAGGUAGAAAGAAUGAACAGAACCUUAAAAGAGACCCUUGCUAAAUUGACCAUGGAGACUGGUGCUAACUGGGUGGCUCUGCUCCCCUACGCUCUGUAUCAAGUAUGCAACACCCCAUAUAAGCUGGGGUUCACACCUUAUGAGAUCAUGUAUGGUAGGCCUCCUCCCAUCAUACCUAAACUCAGAACUGACCUUAUCCAGUCAGAUCAUGAUAACUCCUUUUUAUUCUCCCUCCAAGCUUUACAACGAGUCCAUAAACGUAUUUGGCCAAGACUAAGGGACUUAUAUGCAACAGGACCUCCAUCUGUACCCCAUCAGUUCCACCCUGGAGAUUGGGUUCUUGUCAAGCGACACCGAGCCGAGACCCUCAAACCUCGUUGGAAGGGACCUUUCCAGGUUAUCCUGACUACCCCUACAGCCAUCAAGUUGGACAGCAUAGCAACCUGGAUACACCACACCCACGCAAAGCCAGUUGACCCACUGUCAGAUCUCAUCAGAAAACCCAACCAGGAUGUCAGUUGGACAGUGGACCGCAGUAAGGACAAUCCUCUUAAACUAACCCUGCGCCGAAAACCUGACUCCCGUUUCCCCAAUAAUUAAUAUGAAACUUCCUCUCUUUGCUCUGCUGU